AUGCCUUACACUCCACCUUCCCAACGGUCUCCUGCCACCUCUACCACUCACUCCCCUGCCGUCUCGAGACGCUCCUCAUAUCAACUUAACCACCCAACCCCAUCUCCCCGACCAGAGUUGCCCAGAUCCACUUCCUACCUGACUAGACACAGACGUACUCCUUCGGUUAAGUCGACAGCUUUCGCACCAACACUAGAGCCAACCCCCCCUGGUACAGCAGAUGGGGAGAAGGGUCCCAGCCAUGAUACAAAUAGCAGCUUGAUUGCCUCGAGCAGUCUUCGAAAAUCACCCCCACCUGUAACGGACGAAACCAAGAUGCCUAUCGGAGUAGUCAUGUCACCACCAGAUUCCACUCAGAACUCUGAUGAAGAGGAUAAUGGGUUGAGAGGGAGGAAGUUGGAGAACCUCGAGGAGUUGCAAGCUGCCAUUAGAGUUAUCGAACAACACCGAGAGAGCUCGCCCAAGAGAGCAUCAUCGGAGAUUCAAAAGCUUACCCAAGCCAUAUCACUUCUACCUAUCAAGGAUACAAAGGAUCUGAAAGAUAAGCCAACGUCGGAACACAUCGAGACCACUCAACCUCCGAGGAAACUUCAACAUCAAAGAUCGAGCACUGAAACAGUCUUCCUCGACUUUAGAAACAACCCCAACAAUCAGUCAGCACCAGAAACACCCACCACAGGAUCUGAUGAUGAAAUGAGUGAAGAUGAAGAGGCAAUGAUUAGAAGGAAACCUCAGAUGCUCCGAAAGAAAUCCGGAGAACUCGUUCGACCAGCUCUUCGACCAUCUUCUGCCAGAAGACGUCCAUCAUCCAUGCCGGGUACACCUACCUUCUCCAAGGCGGUUCACUUUGAUUCACAUCUUGAACACGUCCGUCAUUUCCUUCAAGUCGAUCGACCUCUCGCGGUCAGUGCUGGCUCCUCUCCUGUCGAGGCAUACGAAAGUGAUUCCGAAUUCCCAUUCGGUCAUGAGGAGGACUCCAACAACAGAGGACCACCAUUCGAAUGGGAGAUUGUUAUCUCUAACUUUCCUCCUAUGACCCCACAAAGAGCUGCUAUGCCCAUCAGAGUUGAGAGAGUCUUCUUAUCGGCAGACAACAAGAACUUGAUCGGAACUGUCGCUGUUACCAACUUGGCUUUCAACAAAAUGGUGGUUGCUAGAUUUACAUUGGAUUACUGGAAGACCACAUCGGAAGUCGUUGCUGAAUACAACAAUGACAUCCGUCAACCAAAACACAAUGACGGGUGUGAUCGUUUCAACUUCAACAUCAAACUUGCUGACCAAGCAAACCUUGAAGCAAAGACCAUGUUCUUUUGUGUAAAGUAUUGUGUCAACGGUGUGGAGUACUGGGACAACAACAACUCUACCAACUUCCAGAUUGAUUUCCGAAAGAAGGCAAAGCCGCAAAAUGGAAAGAGAGGCUCACCAGCAGCAGCAUCAAGAUCGGCCAACUCAUUACCGAGAAGUAACAAGAAGUCGCCGCCAGCUUCUUCAAAGAAGACGCCAACCUUUGACGACUUCUCUAAUGACUUUGAUUCGAAAUAUUUGAGUACCAACUUCAAACUGCCAGUCGCAGAUUACCUUGGAGAUUCAAAUACUGUAAGAUUGAAGGGAGUCAAAUCUGCCGUUACCUUAGCAUCUGAUAACCGCAGCCGACGUGCACCCAUGAACACGAACGCAGCUGGUGGUCAAGCUUUUGGUCACAGAUACGACUUCGGUGCUUCACUUAAUGCUGCCAUUAGUGCUGCCAACUCUUCCCUCGGUGACAAGAGCGGUAUUACAAUGAAGUCGAAGAGACCUGCACCAAUAAGUGAACCGAGAAAGUUUAUUGAUCACGAUGAACAAGUAUCACCACUUUCAAUGCAAGCUCCCAAGACUUUUCACAAUACCACCCCAUCUAAGCCUCUACCUUCAGCAAAGACAAACAGCAGUGGAACAGAUUCACCAAGACCCGUUGGUACUGAGAAGCCUGUACUGGCAUCACAAUCAUACAAUGAACUUCUCGACAAGUAUUGCUUCUUUGGGUCAGUGAAGAACUCGCCACAAUUGAAGGAUGGUACUGCGAGGUCUGGUCAAUAUGAUGGAAACAAUGAUGAUGGUUACCUUUUUGGUUCUGCCGAGUCUACUGCGAGUAACUCACCAAUCACCAUGGCACACAUUGAUAGUCGACCUUCGCCUCAUUCAUCUGGAGUAAGCCCUCAAGGUACUCGUUCUACAUCGCCUGCUCCUAUGACAGGCUUUGUUUCGGGUACGUCUUCGAUGUAUCCUUACCACAUGCAUGGUGGUUUUUCUUUCAACGACGCUCAUGCAGCAACAGCAAUCCGAGGUUGA